UCAACGCGCGACGUCGACAUGACGGAAACAGGUUGAGCAAUCCUUUGCUCAGCUUUGAUGCCAUGGAGCCAGACGGGGACCUAAACCCAGACACAGAUGACCUUCCACUCCGAGCCAAUACUAACCACAUACUUGUCAGACAUUAUGUGCUGGACCUGACUGUUCAUUUUGAGAGGAAGGUCAUCAGUGGUAGUGUCGUUUUCUUCCUGGAGCCUUGCUCUGGAGUGGGGACGACGGUUAAGGAUGACACUGGACCUGGAAAUGGUGAUGGAGCUCGUACUGUAGAGGCCAGAGGGAGUCAGAAUGCAUUUGUGUGUAGAUCUCAGGAUGAAGACACAGUGGAGGACGGUACAAAAGGACUUGAAGAAACCACUACAAGUAUAGAGAAGAUGUUUGGUGCUGUAGAGGGAGGCAGUCAGUUGCAGACUGCAGCUAAAGCCAAAAGCAUCCAGUCUUCACAUUUGUGGGAAACCACCAGUGACGGCGAUUUCACCUUAGUGCUGGACUGCUGUGACCUCAACGUGUCCAAAGUGGAAGAAGUGGACGUCGCCUCUGUGUCAGCCAUGUCUAACCUCCUGCCAGAGGUCGAUUGUGAGAGGUCAGGGGUCAGUUCAGUGAGCUCACAAGCAGCCUUUAUUCAGGCAAUUAUCUCCACGUCCUCUAGCCAAUGGAGGCAGAAGCACCAGCUUUUUUCACUGUGUAGCCGUGCCUCUGGUGCUCAGGACAGCGCAUCACUGCAUUUUCAGAGAGACCGAUGGAGUCUGCAGGUGAGGAAGAAGGGGGUCGCGUCACCUCAGGAGUUCCCUCGUGCUGUCAGGAUCUGCUAUGAGACGAGGCCAACAGGAGGCUCUGUGAGGUGGACCAAAGACCAGGACGACAGGGUGUGUGUUUACACUGCCGGUUCUCCCAUCAACAACCGAGCCCUCUUCCCCUGCCAGGAGCCGCCUGUUGCCAUGUCAACAUGGCAGGCAACAGUACGGGCCCCCAGUGAGUGUGUGGUUUUGAUGAGCGGGGAGGAGCAGACUGUACCUAUUGAGGAUGGGGACACACACUUCUCAGUCUGGAAUUACUACGUCACUAUGCCCAUGCCUGCCUCCACCUUCACCUUGGCAGUGGGCCACUGGCACCAAGUCACAGCAGAAAUUCCCACAGCGCUGGAAAGAGGGGUGAGGGACAGGACGGAUUGUGGCAAGACGGCCAAACUUGGGUCUGGGCCUGGGGAAUGGACUGAGGCUGACCUUACGUCUGGACUUGGAAGCUCCAUCAGUGCAGUAGUAAAGGGCUCUCCACUCACGACUGGCAGCGGAGACCAGACCACCCGCCCAGACUCAACAUUCUGUUGCUUUUCCCUUGAGGAUGGGGGGCUCUCUGUAACUGAUUAUUCAGGCAUGGUGGAUGACGGCAUCUCUUGUUCCCAUGGCGACUACCCUUGCCGAUUUACUGAGCAGUCGGCUAGGUCCCAGCGGGUGAUUCCACACCGUGUGUUUGGCCCUGUCUGCUUGCUACAGGAGGCCCAGAUGGGAGUCCUCAAGCUGUUGCCUCAGUGUUUGGCUGCAGCCCACACCGUUCUGGGGGUCCACCCCUUUCCCCGCCUUGAUGUUCUCAUCGUCCCAGCAGGGUUCUCCAGUUUGGGCAUGGCCAGUUUCUCAGUCUUUUCCUCCCCUUGUAUAUUUAUUUCUGGCUUUUUCCCACUUAUUCAUCUUAUAUUUCUGUCAUUUGUCUUCCCCAGCCCCCAUAUAAUUUUCCUGUCCCAGAGUGUGCUGUGCGCUGGACGUCCUGGUUCUAGAGAGAACGGCCUGUCUCUGUGUGGCUCCAGGAUAUGCCAUGAGAUCGCUCACUCCUGGUUCGGCCUGGUUAUUGGAGCCAGAGACUGGACUGAGGAAUGGAUCAGCGAGGGCUUUGCCACCUACCUGGAGGAUAUUAUCUGGGCCCAAGCACAACAACUCUCCUUACAAGAGACAGCAGAGCAGUCUGACCUGAAGGCACUGCUGAGGUGGAGACGACUCUCUGACGAGUUGCAGAACUCAGAGGAGGCGCUUCAAAUCCUCAGACCUAACAUGGAGAACACUGGUCAGGUCAGUGAGUCUGGCUCCUCCACAGUUAAACACGCCCUCAACCCUGACAAAACCUUCAUGCAAGUCCACUACCUCAAGGGUUAUUUCCUCCUCAGGUUCUUGGCCAGUCAAGUGGGAGAGCAACAAUUCAUCAACUUCUUUAGAUUAUUUGUGAAGCAAUACCACGGGCAGCUCAUUUUGUCUCAGGAUUUCCUGCGAAUGCUGCUGAUUACCUUUCCCGACAUGGAGAGAAAAGGCCUCACCCUCAGUGCUAUUUAUGCUGACUGGCUCGAUCGACCGGGAAUUCCAAAGUGGCUGUAUGAAAGGAGCGCCGUGUGGUCACAGGCGAGGCUGGUGAAAGAAGUCAAAGCAGAGGUUGUAAAAUGGAUUCUCCUCAGUCAGAGUCAUCAGGGGAAGGGCAGAAAGCGGAAGAGAAUAGAGCCCAAGGUGAACUACAAAGAGGUGACGUCGGAGCAGCUGGUGAUGCUUUUGGAGCUUCUACUCGAGGAAGAGGAGCUAAGCAUGGCAACCAUGGGUGCUCUGAAGAGAACCUACAACCUACAAGAUAGAGACGCUGAAGUUCGACAUCGCUGGUGCGAGCUGGUGGUCAAACACGCGUACACUCGGGCUUACACAGACGUGGAGCACUUUCUGGUUCAUGACCAGGCAAUGGGUGUCUAUCUGUACGGGGAGCUGAUGGUUAAAGAGGACGCUGAGCAGCAGGCUCUCGCCCGUCGCUGCCUCUCAUUGGUCCAGGAGGAAAUGGACCAGUCGGCACGCAGAGUGGUGGAGGAGAUGGUCCUAUGAUGUUGGAGGUUGCCGACUACAGAUGGAGAUGACAGGAGUUUGGCACACAGGGCGUACGAGGAUCCAGCACUCACCUCCUCUUCCGCUGUAGGAGAGGGGACGCUGCAGAAUCGCUCAGCAGUGUGAACACCAGAAGGCUGCACUCUUUUACUCCACAGCCACGGCCAGUUGGCAAGGUUUAGAGUACGGCAGUUCUGUCCAUUCAGGUCUAAAGAAAUAACUGGUGUGUGUGUGUGUGUGUGUGUGUGUGUGUGUGUGUGUGNUGUGUGUGUGUGUGUGUGUGUGUGUGUGUGUGUGUGUGUGUGUGUGUGUGUGUGUGUGUGUGUGUGUGUGUGUGUGUGUGAACCAGCAGCAAUACAAGCGGUUCCUGGUGAGAUGCAGUGUUGCAGUGUCUCACACUGUAGAAAGAGAGGUAUUUCAUAGACCUGCGUCCAUGUUGAAGAACCUAAGCUGCUGUUUAAGUUAGUUUCGCUAGGUGAGUGUGUGUGUGUGUAGGUGUGACUUCAUGUCUGUUUAGUCUGAAGGCAUGAUCUGGUUCUUAAAAGUUUAGACGGGAAAUACUUUCAGGUUUUUAUACAUAACAAUUACUUCAGUCUGGCCAGUAACAACACUGGAAAAUAUACAACCAACGACUCUCAGGGCAUUUCUACUUGUAUGAAUGAUGGUUUUGUAACUGCUGUGUGAACAAAUAAUAAUGCUAAACUUUUUCUUUUCGUUUGUAUAUUUUAAGUGAAGAUUUUUGAUAUGUUCAUGUUAAAAUAAAAUGAU